ACCCACCAACAUCUCAUAUCCUCCUCCCACACUUUCACACCAACAAAACAAACAAGGCUUCUUGUUCAAAGGUUGUAAUGGCUGAACGAGUUGCACACCCUGGCCCUCGGGAUCGUUCUGUUUUAGUUAUGAUACCCGGUGAGCAUCGUGCCGAUCGUGUGUGGCACGAAUCAGCAUUUCGAGAUGACAAACUGAGGUGCCAUCACUAUUCGUCAUGUGCCUAUGUUGAUGAUGGUCCGCGUCAUCCUGGGGUGGUACGGUUGUUGAGAGCAUCUGGGUUUCACGGUGUCGAGAGAAUAGGACAAGUACAGUUAGAUUGGUCACUUCUGACUGCGUUAGUGGAGAGGUGGAGACCCGAGGUACACGCAUUUCAUUUGCCCUUUGGUGAGGUAGGAUUGACUUUACAGGAUGUGCAAGUGUUGUUGGAGGAUGUUUAAUCCUUCUACAAAUCUGGGCAUGGGAGAGAUUGCCGAUGGUUCGGCCCCAAGGUCAUCUCCCACUUGACCAUAUAUUGGAUUUUCCGUAUGCUGUUAGGUGGGCGUGUCAACAUGAUUGGCAGCAAACAAACAGAUUUUCGUUACGGGUAUAUAGGGACCAACUAGAUCGGAUGACGGAAGAUGAGGUAUAAUUUGUUACUUGUACAAUUCAAUUUUACAUGAUUUUUAAUUUGUUACAUUCAAAUUCAAUAAAUUAAAUGAUAUAAAUGAUAUAAAUGACAACAAAUCUUUCGGAAAGUUUCAACAUUGCUCUCAAAGGAUGUAUGACAUUGCCAAUCACUACCCUUGUACGAGCAACUUUUGACAAACUAGUCCAGCUCUUCGCCCAACGUCGUAGUGCUGGUAUGAUGUGGCAGCAAGCUGGAUAUCAUUUUCCGGACAACAUUCGGAAAGAGAUUAUGGAGCGUUGGCACCAAAGACCUCACACUAUGGUUCUUCCACACAACCACUACACAGGAAUUUACUCAGUCGCCGUGGAUAAUGCAACACCUGUUACGGUGAAUCUAUCGAGACUUGUCUGUGAGUGCGGUUGUUGGAGGAUGAACGACAUGCCAUGCGUCCAUGCGCAUGCUGUCUGCCAUUUUCUUAAGUGCCUUGUUGAUCAUCUUAUUCCAGAGGUAUACAAACUAAGUUCUUACAUAAAUGCACAUUCCAGUGAUAUCAUGCCAUUGUCGAAUCUGAAUGAGUGGCCACAAAAUGAGUUCAUUCUUCUGCCGCCUAAAUACUCUUCCAGAACUUCUCGAGUAGGACGCCGUCAAGAAACAAGAUUUCCAAAUGAGAUGGAUAUGCAUCCAAGACGCAGAGCACAACAUGAUUGAUUCACAUUUGUACUCUCUUAUGGUGUAUUAUUUCUUUUCUUUGUAGUUUGUUUUAAUGUUGUAACACUUUUAUUAGCCAUAUGUUUCAAAUGUACUUUUAAUAUGUUAUGAACUUUGUUUAAUUUUGAGUUCAUAUGACUUAAUGGGUCACUUAUUAUUAAAC